AUGCCAAUCAAAUCCUCCACAAGCUUCUCCCCAGGCGACACGGUUCGUUACAAGCCGGUGGGCGGUCCAGACAGCAACACGUCCGAGUCGGUGGGAAAGAUCAAGGAUGUCUUGACUGAGCCCGGUAAACAGGCUGGUCGGAACGUCAACGCCAGCGCUGAGAUGCCCAGAUACGAGAUUGAGAACCUCAAUACGGGAAAGACAUCUACCAUCUACGAGCGGAACAUCUUGGGUAUCGAGAAGUGA